UGUAGCCAGAGCGGCGGAACCUACUCGUACCCGGACGUUCGUUCAAUGGAAAGUUUGUUUCUUCAGAGUUGCACUGAGAGCUGGACUCGAGAGUUUAGUUUCCACAACAUCACCUGGACUGAAUACGUGUCGAGCGUUCAUCCAGUCUUUUCAGUUUCUUAUAUUUACAAUUUUUAACAUUUCUUCCCUUUGUUAGCUUCUUUUCGGGUGUACGGAUGCAUUUUGUGUUGGUACAUUGUCCAACAGUGUUUUUAUUUUCCAUGUUACUUAAUAUUUAAUCAUAUAUUUGAAUAUAAAGGGAAGAAUAACAUAUUGGUGAGAAAUUCUCAGAGAUGGUCAGCCAACACGCGAUGGCUACUACAGUGCGUAAAGUUAAGCAGGAAAAUCGCUUACGUCGACAGAAUAAUUUUAAUAAUGAUGAAGAAACUGUAUAUAAGGCGAUUUCAUCAUCGAAAUCGUUGCCGAGGAGUUUAAGUAAUCAAGGAAGAAAUAAUAGCGACUCCGGUGCAGUCUUACAAGUGGAGGGAUUGCAGCAGAAUAUAAUAAUGCCACCUCUUUAUGGGGAGGAACAAACUCCCAAUCAAAACCAACAAAGUCUUCAAACUCACAGCAAUAAAUUUCCGAUUGAACGAGAAGUAGUUCUUAGUUCAGUGGACAAAAACACAAAGAUACCAAUCCUGCAUGAGUACAACAAAAGGAGUGCACUAAGUCGCGCAAUAGCUCCCGACGCCCCGGUCAAACAACAGGCUUGGGUUCAAGAGAGCAACCAGGUUGAUCACCGACAGGAUCAUGUGCAAAAUUUUCAACCCCAAGAGAUUUAUACGUCAACACCAACAGGAGCAGUCUCACGACUAACAAAAUCCGAAGAGGACCGUACGAAAUCACUUUCACGAACGUAUCACACAAUCAAGGACAUGAUUUCUAGUCGUUUUGGUCCCUCUCGAAAAGAUACCGAGCCAGACGUAGAAGUAAGCUUGAACAACGUAACCGAAGAGAUAAGAAAAUCCAACAAGAGCAUCGACGAAGAAGAAACCAAGAAGAGGGACCGCGAAAGUAUCUACGGAAAAUCCCGAGCUGAGCCUAACCCAGCAGUUAAAAUGCAGCAGUACCCCCAAAACAAUUCGUACAACGCCCAGCCGUACAACUCUUACUACCCAAGUUCUCAGAACGUAAUUAUGCAAUCACCGGGACAAUUACACCCAAGUCUUCCAGGUCAGUCUGCCCAGCUGCAUGUUAGCCACAUAACACCUCCCGGCGGGGUGCAAACCGUUCAUCAAACCCAAGUCUCUCCUUACAAUCCCCCAGGAGCCAACUCUAGCAGAAGCGAUUACGUCGUUCAAGGCUCAAGCGGGAUCCAGCAUCAGAUACAGAACCCGCCAGUCGGGAAACACGGACUGCCCAUGCAGCCAGUAUCUUCUGCUAAUCACCAGAGCUAUCAGAGUCCCCAGCAGCUGCUUCACCAGUCGCAGAUUCAUCAGAGUCCUCGAUUUUCCCAUCAGCACAUGCAGAACAUGCAUCAGCGGCAAUUGAUUCAGCAGCAGCAGCAGCAGCAGCAGCAGCAGCAGCAGCAGCACAAUAUGGGAGGUCAACAACCUAGUCCAAGAUCAACAGCCAGAGCACAACAGCAAUCCCUAUUUCCUGGUGGUGUAUCUUAUCAGCAGUAUCAGCAAGCCAGACAGACUAUCUCCAGAUCUCAAAUAGAUUUACCGAGCACUUCACGGCAGGCUCUUGAUGUUAGAAUUUUAGGGCAAGAGGUUUUCUACCACUACAACAAAGGCAGACCUGGUUAUCAAGCUCCGCCUCAAGUCUACAUCAAGCAAGAUAACACCAGCCAGGAGAGCAACGAAUUAAGGUCCUCGAUGAUGGAGAAGGCCAUGUCCCAGCCUCAUUUGUGCUACAAUGAUAUUAACAAUCAAGAUAUGGGUAAUUGCAAUAAUCCAGAUGGCUUAUCCAAGGAAAACUACGAAAUUACUGUCGAGGACCAGGAGUUUGUUGCUGAUGAUAAUAACAAGACCGACGGCCACCGCAGGCUCAACGGAGACUUCAGGCCUGACACCAGUUUUGGAAACCGCAGAGAUGAUGCCAGGUCUUCGAAGAAAGAAUUGGAGAAACUUAACCAGGAGCAAGACGCCAGUAAGACCGAGAAGAAAGACAUUGCCAAGAGGGAAGAUAUUGAAAGGGAAGCUAAUUCCAAGGAAACUUUCGCAGAUGCCAAGAAGAAUUUCUCUAAAGCGGAGGAUAGGAAGGUUAAUGGUGGAGAAGAAAUGAAAAAGUCAGAGUUUAAGAAAGAGGAUUUGGAAAGCGGAAUGAUGAGGCUCAAAAUAAAUCAAAAUCAAGGAUCUGGCUCGGAUUAUGAUAAAGCGGGUCAGAGUUCCAGCAAUGUCGACUCUGGAAGGGGAUCUGCUGUAUAUUCCAGCGGUCGACGACCACCCCCCGUUGAUCAGAAUCAUGGACAAGGUAGUUUUUUUUGUGCUCGAGAUUCUGAAUGGGUGGAUAUUGUGGAAUCUGAACUGCGUAGCAUUUUAGAGCCAUCAAGAGACAUUCCGGCAAUGGCUCACUCCACUCUCUCAGAGAGCGUAUCUUCAGUGACGCCCCCGUUGCCGCCACUUUCCCCUCACGGAAGUCCUCGUACUCCGAGAAAUCGAUACACGUCAAGUUUGCCGUACGGAGCGAAACCCAAUUACACAGACUACGGAAAAAAUACCGAUAAAAGGAAUUUCCAAAACAGCAUCAAACAUCGCAGCGCUUCUACGUCCAAAAAAGAUGCUGCGAAAAAAUUUUCACAUCUUUUUGGAGUAGAAGCGACAGACUUGACUUCUACGACAACCGGGUUGGAUUUGGACUCUAUGUUGGAUCGUAGUGACUCUGAUUUGAGUACCAAUGAUGCAAGGACCAUCAGAAAACAAUUAGAAGGCUUGGAAAAUAUGUACAGCGAGGUGCUGAAAUUACUGGGCGGAAGUGUAAAGAAACGUAGAAAAGCUCGAGGCUUAACGAGCUACGGAUCCGUAUCUUCAUUACCGACCUCUUCAGUGUCUUCGAGACCUAUCGCUCGACAUCACGACAAAAGGAGAUCCCACGUUGUCGACGAGAGGAUAAAAAAAGCCAAAGAUAUUAAGAGCAUUAACAAGCGUUUUCAACGGCUCGAGUCCCACGUAGUUACCCUGGCCCGUUCAGUGGCUCAUUUGUCAUCGGAAAUGCGCACUCAGCAUUUAAUGAUUCAAGAAAUGGAGAAUAUUCGCGGAGAAAUAGCUGCGCUGAGGACCCAAACCAGCAUGGCGAUGGUCAGGUCCCAGUCCCAGCCGCUAAUUAAAGACGCCGAAUUGCCAGCGCUGUCCAAUCCUUCGAGGGUUAAAAAACUUACUAAAUUUUUUGGGACCGAACCGCCGCUAAUUCGGCUGUUUCUUCGCGAACUUGGAUAUGAGAAAUAUGCAGCAGCUUUUGAAAAAGAAAAAGUUGGAAUGGUAGAAUUACCAUAUCUCAGCGAAGAAAGGCUUCAAAAAAUGGGCGUACCUUUGGGACCGAGACUGAGGAUCCUUCAAGAAGCUAGGAUCUCCGUUUGCAAGGAUCCUAUUUACGUGGUGUAAUAUCAAAGUGACAAUAAGCUUGAAAUAAUAGCAAACAGAAACAACUCUUCAGCAUUUUAAUACGAGACAGAUAAAUAAAAUAAUACAGUAUUACCAGCAGUUUUUUUCAUCUUAAAAUGGCUCAACAUUAAUGCCAUUAAAUAAUUCAUCUGCCAAAGAGAAAAUGCUUUGAGAAGAAAACUUAAUUAAUUAAAAAAAUAUUAAAAGGAGCGAUAAAAAAAAA